AUGGCAGACACAAUAUUUAGGAGCUAUUCGUUCGAUCCCGAAAGCAAAGUCCACUUGAACUCCAUACCAAGGAGGUUACGGACUCACGAAAAGAGAGAAAUGCAGAAAGAGAUCCUGUCCAUUCUCGGGCUGCCGCACAGACCCAGACCGCAUCCGUGGAACGGCAAGUACAACUCAGCCCCACUUUUCAUGCUGGAUCUAUAUAAUACCAUAAACACUGAGGAGAAGAACGAAGUGGACCAGUAUAAAUCAGCCUUCACCACGCAAGGACCCCAUUUAGUCACGUUUCAAGAUACUGCGUAUUUAAAUGAUGCCGACAUGGUGAUGAGCUUUGUCAAUCUAGUGGAGUAUGACCGGGAGUUGUCUCCUCACAGAAGACACCAUAAGGAGUUCAUGUUUAAUCUAUCUCAGAUCCCAGAGGGAGAAUCAGUUGCAGCAGCAGAGUUCAGGAUCUACAAGGAGUGUGUGAGCAGUGCUUUCCACAAUGAAACCUUUCGACUCAGUGUUUUCCAAGUGGUGGGCGAACAUCCAGACAGAGACACGGACCUGUUUUUGUUGGAGUCCCGUAAGCUCUGGGCGGUGGAAGAAGGCUGGCUGGAGUUUGAAAUCACUGCCACCAGUAACCUCUGGGUAAUGAGCCCACAUCACAAUCUGGGUCUGCAGAUCAGCGUGGAGACCAGCAGUGGACUGAACAUCAGCCCUAGAGAGGCAGGGUUGGUGGGUCAGGAUGGGCCUCAGGAAAGGCAACCGUUUUUGGUGGCCUUCUUCAAGGUGAGGGAGAUACACGUUCGUACAGCUCGCUCCACGGGAAAACACCGGCAGCAGAAUCGCAGUCGCUCAAACCAUCCACAGGAAACACCCAGAGGUCCAGAAGCAACUACAGUAUGUAAUCUGUCAGAUUACAACAGCAGUGAUCAGAAGACAGGAUGCAGAAAGCAUGAGCUAUAUGUUAGCUUCAAGGAGCUAGGCUGGCAGGACUGGAUCAUUGCACCUGAAGGCUAUUCAGCUAAUUUCUGUGACGGAGAAUGCUCGUUCCCGCUAAAUGCUCACAUGAAUGCUACUAAUCAUGCUAUUGUACAGACACUGGUCCACCUGAUGAACCCUGAGAACGUCCCCAAGCCGUGCUGCGCCCCAACAAAGCUGCACGCCAUCUCUGUGCUGUAUUUUGACGACAACUCCAACGUAAUCUUAAAGAAAUACAAAAACAUGGUGGUGCGCGCGUGCGGCUGCCACUGA